GGGGCGGGGCGGGCCUCGGGAGAGGGCGGGGCCGGCUGUGAGCGGAGAGGGACUACGCGAUGCCUCGCCUUCCUCGGCCUCACGUUUCCCAGGGCUCCUCCGUCGCUGUCUCCGCCCUCCAGCCCGCGGAGGGCGCCGUCCCCGUGCCCAGUGCCCGGCGCCGCCCGCCCGUUAGAACCCGAAGGAAGGAAUCCACCAUGCCCCCCAAAUAUGACGUGUUGACUCAAGAUGAGCUGCGCAAAAGGCUGUACCAGAUGUUUAAGGACCGGGGUAUACUGGACACGCUCAAGAUGCAGCUGAGAAAGCAGCUCAUUCAGGAGUUGAUGCACCCUGUAUUGAGCGGAGAGAUGGAGCCCCGGUCCAUUUCAGUGGAAGGAAGCGCCCUCUUAAUAGGCGCGUCCAACUCUCUAGUGGCAGAUCACUUACGAAGAUGUGGCUACGAGUACUCACUUUCGGUUUUCUUCCCAGAAAGUGGCUUGGCAGAGGAACAGGUCUUUACUAUGCAGGAUCUGUUACAACUCAUUAAAAUCAACCCUGAAUCCAGUCUCUACAAAUCACUGGUUUCAGGAUUUGAUAAAGAAAACAAAAAAGGUUUUCUCAUCGAGUUUCUGAAAGAAAUGGCAGAAUACCAUCAGACCAAAGAGAUCCGUGACAUGGAAACUCAGACAAGUCCAGCACUUCUUAGCAAAGACUCCCUUGCUGAGAAGCUUCAGCUCAUUGAUGACCAGUUUGCAGAUGCUUACCCUCAGCGGCCAAAGUUAGAAUUUUUAGAAAUAAAGUUAAAUGAGUAUAAGAAAGAAGUGGAACAGCAGCUUCAGGCAGAAAUGCAACAAAAGCUGCAGCAUUUUAAAAACAAUGAAAUAGAAAAAAUCAAGAAGGAAGAGAAGAAGAAGUCUGAGGCAGAAUUAGCAAAGUUCUGGAACGAUGUUGAGCGAGCUUGUCAAGCAAAAUCAGAAGCCCUCCUUUCUCGGGAAAAGAUGUCCCUUGAGAGGAUUCGAAAGCACCAGGAGAUGGAAACGAAAGAAAUUUACGCUCAACGGCAGCUUCUGCUAAAAGAUAUAGAUUUGCUAAGAGGCAGAGAAGCCGACCUGAAGCAAAGAAUUGAAGCUUUUGACUUGGCCCAGAGGCUACAAGAAGAAAAAAAUAAAAGCGUGAGUGAUGCACUCAGGAGACGGGAACUGAAUAUAAAGAGUAUGGAGGAGACCUAUGAGCAGAAGCUCAAGAACGAGAUUCUCAAGUAUCAACUAGAGCUGAAGGACGACUACAUCACCAGAACUAACAGGCUGAUUGAAGAGGAAAGGAAGAAUAAAGAAAAAGCCAUACGUUUGCAAGAGGAGCUCACAGCUGUUAAUUUGAAAAAGGAAGAACUCAGUCAUUCUGCAAAUCAUGUGAAAGAACUUCAGCUUGAGGUUGAGUCUCUCAGAGCCCAGUGUUUGGCAAUAACAAAACAAAACCACCUGCUGAAUGAGAAGGUGAAAGAAAUGAGUGACUAUUCACUUCUAAAAGAUGAGAAAGAAGCGCUUCAGGAGGAGAAUAAAGUACUGAAACAGCAAAUGCAGGAGAGCAGAAAUGAAAACCUGAGUCUCUUAAACCGCAUAGCUCAGCCAUCUCCUGAGCUGCUAAGCUUUCAGAAGGAAUUGAAGAAGGCAAAAGCUGCCAUCCUGUUAGGGCAUAAGGAGUUCGAAACCCACAAGGAAGCUCUGCAGAAGCAGCUGCAAACUGAAAUUGAGCGUUCUACAAAGCUGAAGGCCCAGAUACUGGAGUACGAAGCCUCUGUAAAGAGAUUAACUGUGCAGGUGGCUGAUUUAAAGAGGCAGCUGAAACAAACGGAGACAGUCCUGGAGAAUGAGGUGUACCGCAGCAUGAAGCCGCUUCUGGUCAGCGGGUCCAUGCUGUCUCCCAGUGGUGGGAUAAGCGAGGAUUUCUUGAAGAAUCUUCUCAACCAGGAGCAGCCGACGGCAGACACGGUUCCACCAAGAAUCACAAAUUAUCCCAGUGCAAGCACAGACGGUAGCUCCCCUGAGUCUGACCUCGAGUUCGUAGCCAACACCAAGGCCAGAAUGAGAGGGCUGGAGCGUGAGGCCGAAUGCUUAGAGAAAGCUUUCCGAGAUUACUGUCAAAGAGUUCGUCACUGGCCCUCGUCGGGAAGCCCGCUAGCAUCCCAGAGCCCCCCUCCCCUGCAGGGGCGAGGUACUCCCAAGGGCGCCAUGUUAAGUUCCUCGGAAAGGCGUGUUUUUGCAGAGGAAGGAGCCGUGCCCAGGCAGCCUGCAGCGGGCGAGACAGAAGUGCGGAUGGGUGCAACAGCCUCCCGGCUCCGCAGAGGCGCCGGCAGACGCUUCUCCGCCACUGCCCUUGAGAGAGCUCAACGGACCCUUGAUGCCGAAAUGCACCUGGAAGGUCUGCGUCGAUCCCAGGGUGCUGCUUCCAGUCCUCGUCCUGAAAGAAUGCUGCAGCCUUCACCUGCUGAGUCUAGACACAGCCUUUCCAUGCAUUCGCUUUCCAGCCCUCUGGAGCAGGAGGCUGGUCUGUAUCAAAGACAAACUGAACCCCGAGACAGAACUGAAUUCUCAAAUCCGGACAGGCAAUCUUUGAACGAUAAUGAAGAAUUUGAAUCAUCUUUUGAAUCUCGUGUGGAUGCCGGGGACAUGCCAAAGCGCUUCGACGUGGAUGGCGUCCAUCCUGCUGGUGACAUGCCUCACUUGGACGUUCCCGUUGCCGCCACCGCCGCCGCGGCUGCUCUUCCUGCCAGACCCGUCUCCUCUCACUACCCAGGAGUAGAUCAGGCACAAACAGCGGAAGACAGCGAAGAGGAAAAAAUAUGGCAGCUGGUUAAGGAGCAAGAGCAGAGAGAAGAAAGAAGCCACAGCCUGCAGGAAGUUAUACAGAGGGAACGAAGAGAACUAGAAAAACUCAAUCAACAACGGCGCAUGAUUGAAGAGUCACUGAAGAUUGAAAUGGAGAAAGAAUUGGAAGUGAGCAUUCAAGACAUGAAAGACAGACCUGUUUGUGCUGAAAGCCCUUUCGAGAAAUACAUGAAAAUCAUCCAGGAGAAUCAGGACCAGAAGAAGGAUGAUAAGAGCUCAGUGAAGAUUGUCAGAGAAGUUUCACAAGUGGACACACUGCCAUCUACUGACAAAGACGAAAGUUUCCCAGCCCUUUCUCAUGAAGAACCAGAUGACUUUUGGUAACUUCGUGUGCUGGCCAGCUUUUUGCUCAUGUAACAACGAAAGGCCCGUGACUUCUCUGUAAUGAGGCAGACUGCUCAAUAAAACUGUUUGUGCGAUCCA